CAUCUCUGGCCCGUUUUGGCACUGGGAGGGUUAAGGCAGAAGGGUGGGGGGAUCCUGAGAGCCCUCCUUCCUCCCCCAGCUGAUCUCAGACAGGGGGUGUGUGUGCCAGUCACCGGUGCCCGGGAUCUGUGUGCAGCUUUUACCGGGACAGUCACACACAUGCAGGAGCCCGGGGGGCCACAAUGUGGCCCCUGUGCAUGGAGUCAUGGCACCCAGACUGAGCCCCCGCAAUGCCCGCAGGUAUCUCUUCCUAUGCACCCUCUGCUUAUCCUGCACCUUGCUCUGCUACAACCUCAUCCUGCGCGGGGGGCACCCCAACAUGCACAGCCGGGGGUACCAGCACCUAGGCUGCCCCCCAGUAUUGGGGGGCAAGAAGCUUCUGCAGAAGGUCCUACUCCUGUGCCCGCACUCCGGAGCUGCACUUACCUUCUCCAACACGGACAUAGCCUCUUACCCCGACUGGAGUGGCAAGAAUCAGACUGAACCCCCAGAAAUGAAGGGGACCCCUGCAAAACCUACAGAGCACCAGGCGCCCCCCACUGGGAAUAGCACAGCUGCGCUAAGAUACGGGCACAAGAGGCUGCCCCAGGCUAUCAUUGUGGGGGUCAAGAAGGGGGGCACUAGAGCAGUCCUGGAAUUUAUUAGGGUGCACCCCGAAGUAAGAGCUAUGGGCACUGAACCCCACUUCUUUGACAGGAACUAUGAGAUGGGGUUGGACUGGUACAGAAACUUGAUGCCUCGAUCCCUGGAUCGCCAGAUUACAGUGGAGAAGACCCCCAGCUACUUUGUGACACGAGAAGCCCCUCGUCGGAUCUCACACAUGUCACCUAGAGUCAAACUGAUUGUGGUAGUCCGUAACCCUGUUACCCGGGCAAUCUCGGAUUAUACUCAGACUCUUUCUAAGAAACCGGACAUCCCCAGCUUCAGUGAACUCGCCUUCCUGAAUAGGACGAGUGGGGAGGUGGACACUUCCUGGAAUGCCAUUCGGAUUGGGCUGUAUGCAUUACAUCUGCAACCUUGGCUUAGUCAUUUCCCAAUAUCCCAAAUGCAUUUUGUAAGUGGUGAACGGCUGAUCACAGAUCCAGCCGGGGAGAUGGCAAGAGUACAGGACUUCCUUGGCCUCAAACGUCUAGUUACAGAGAAACAUUUCUAUUUUAACAAGACUAAAGGAUUUCCUUGUCUCAAAAAGCCUGGUGGUGGAGGAGCACCACGUUGUUUGGGCAAAUCUAAGGGUCGGGCUCAUGUACAGAUCAACACCGAGGAUAUAGAACAGUUACGAGAAUUCUAUAGACCGCAUAACAUUAAGUUCUACGAAACUGUUGGGCAGGACUUUCAUUGGGAUUAGGGUAUCCGGUGAAAACCAUGGGAUGAAGUCUAUCGAGAAGAACAUUUUCAGAAAGGGCACAAGGUAAUGAGAAAUAGGUAUCUUUACUCUAUGGACAUUCAAAGUAAAUUGGUCUUCACAAAGGGUCUAGAGAUGUCCACAUCCCAAAAUUUAAACCUUCAUGGAUUGACAUGUCAGGAGACAUGUAGCACGAUGCACUUUGCUCUUCCAAUGCAAGUACCAGAGAACAUGAUCUGUAGAUGAAGUCAAAAGCAACAAAACUAGAAGGUCCCAGUUCACAAGACGCAACAAACUGUUCAUCCAUUUCGUGAUCCAGUCACUCCAUUAUGUUCUCCUAAAAAGGAGGGUUCUAAUCAUUUGAGAAAAUUUCCCCCUCCCCCGCAAAAAAGAGUUUUAAUGUAAAAAGUUUUAAUCAUAAAUGAGGAAUUAUUAUUAAAGGAUCAAAUUCUAAUAAAAUGAAUGACCAAGA